GAUUCGUCUCCACAGAAAUCAUUCGUUUCAAAGCGAAGACUACAUUCAGUAAAGUCUGUUAGAAUGGCAUCUCAAUCCAUAACUCUCGUCGCACUUCUGUGCAUCGUGAUCCUCAGUUUGGUGUCGGUGAGCUUCGUCGAAGCCGACUGUCGCUGGACAGGAUGUCACGCACACUCGGCAGGAGAUUGGUGCGACAUCUUUGGACCAGGAUACAAGCUCAAAACAUGGCAGCGUUGCAACGGAAUCUUCGGCAAACAGGAGUACUGCUGCAACUAAGUGAAAUUUCGUUAUAACAAGACUGCGCCGCUGUUUACUGCUUUAUUAAACUGCUGUGCGUAGCUGUUAUUGAAUAAAGUCAAGAUUUACCUACUCCGAGACUGCGGUAUACUACAUCGACGAUAUAUCUGUAACACCUGAAGCGAAAUUCGUCUUCGAAAUUGGGCGCUAAUGGAAUUUUGAACCAACAAAAGUAUAUAUACCGCUACAAUUUUGAAUUAGAAUUUUAUUUGAAGAGCAUUUAAAUAUUUGUAUAUCGCAAAAUUGGUUUGAUGAAAUAAUAAAAUCACAUUUGAC